UUCUCUUCAGUUAAAGAGAUACGAGUCGUCGGGAACACAAGCAAGACUGUUUGUUAACGUGACAUAGCAGGGGCACAAGAGUGUAGUUAAUCAGGUUGAAGUCCGCGUGGGAGUACUUAAGGGCUGGCAGUGAGUAAAAGAGGCUUGUACCAGGAACAGUUCUGAAUAUUCAACGGACUCUCAAGGCCAAAUUGCUUUUGGAGGUGGAAAGUGUGUGUUGAAUGAUCGGGUAGUUAAUGUUAAUUUGUACCAACUGCAAGAGCAUAAGAGUGAUAGUUUUCCAGAAGAAGCAUUAUAAUCUCAGACCAUUUAUACAUAAAACAGAUCUAUAAACAAAGGGGAGUUGCUGCCAUUAUCUGUUGCACGGCAGAGAUCAGAAGAACACAGGGAAGCAGUCAGCGCCCAGACAGGAAACUAAACUCCACGGGCGAAAGAAACCUUGCUUGCCAAGUUUGCCCGUCUGUAGAUAAUGGGGACGAUGUUCCGCUCCACAAUCGCACUGACGUGUCUGUAACUGGCAGCGAGCGGAGGAUCGGUAGCAGGCCGUGAUACUGGCUGACCAGAGCAGCAGCUCACUAUGGCACUAUGGAAAAUGACCCAGAGCUACGAAAGUGCCGAGCAGUGCGGCGACGUGAACAAACCUCUUCCCGUCUCCCUGCAGCCAGAACACAGGACCCAUUUACUGCCUUUCAUGUUGAUAAGACACUGGUGAACAAGUAUCUUAACUCGCUGUUGAUUGGAGAGCUUGCACCUGACCAGCCCAGUAUAGAAUCAUGGAAAAGUAAAGAGGUGACAGAAGAUUUCAGGGAGUUGCGCACCAUUGUGGAAAGGACAGACCUCCUUCGGCCAAGUAAGCUGUUCUUCGCUGGACUCCUGGCUCACAUUCUGCUCCUUGAAGCUGCAGCCUGGCUCACCCUUUGGUAUUUUGGUGCCUCCCUCUUCCCCUUUCUGAUCAGCUCAGUCCUUCUGAGCACUGUGCAGGCACAGAGUGGUUGGCUGCAGCAUGACUUUGGACAUCUCUCUGUCUUCAGCAAGUCCAAGUGGAACCAUCUUGUCCACAAGUUUAUUAUUGGUCAUCUGAAGGGUGCUCCAGCAAGCUGGUGGAACCACCUCCACUUUCAGCACCAUGCCAAACCCAACUGCUACCGCAAGGACCCUGACAUUAACAUGCACCCCAUCUUCUUUGUCUUGGGGAAGAAGCUUCCAGUUGAAGUGGGAAAGCAGAAGAAGAAGUAUAUGCCAUACCAAUACCAGCACAAGUAUUUCUUCCUGAUUGGGCCUCCAGCAUUGCUCCCCCUCUACUUCCAGUGGUACGUCUUUUACUUUGCUGUGACUCGGAUGCAGUGGGUGGACUUGGCUUGGAUGGUGUCCUUCUACAUCCGUAUCAGCCUGACGUACAUUCCACUGCUUGGAAUUCAAGGAUUCCUGACCAUGUUCUUCCUCGUGAGGUUUGUGGAAAGUAAUUGGUUUGUAUGGGUGACCCAGAUGAACCACAUUCCCAUGGCAAUUGAUCAUGAUCAGAAUGAGGAAUGGCUGACAAUGCAGUUGCAUGCCACUUGCAAUGUCCAUCAGUCUUUUUUCAAUGACUGGUUCACAGGUCACCUCAACUUCCAGAUUGAGCAUCACCUGUUCCCCACAAUGCCAAGGCACAACUACCACAAGGUGGCACCACUUGUAAGGUCCCUCUGCACCAAACAUGGCCUGGAAUACCAGUCCAAGACUCUAUUCACAGCCUUUGCAGACAUAGUACACUCCUUGAAGGAGUCUGGCGAGCUCUGGUUGGAUGCAUACCUACACAAGUGAUCGGUCGCAGUGCUGCCACCUUGAGAGUAGGAGGGAAGGGAAUUUCCUGAAGCCCCUGCCAACAUUUGUAAAUGCUUUGCCAAGUGCCACAGAAGAAAUAUUCAUUUAUUCUUCAUACUGUUAACUUGUGGGAUAUAGUUUGGGUUAAAGAAAUUAAACCAUUGAGAAGCCAGCAGCAAUUCUUAUGAAACAGAAAUGCAGUUUAUUUGCUCUGUGACAAAUGGCUGGUUACAAUAGAUUUCUGUCUUAAGCUGAACUAGAAUAUUCAGUGUUUGUCUACACCAUAGAUGCCCAGGUUCAAAACCAAAAUACCGCAAAUCUGAAAUAAAACAGAAAAUGCUAUAAAUAAUCAGCAGGUUAGGCAGCACCAGUAGAAAGAGAAGUAGUUAACCUUUCAGAAUGAUGAUCUUUUCCCCGUUGUUUUGAAAUGUCAUCCUCUGGAAACAUUAACUGUUUCUCUGUCUACAAUGCUGAUCAAUUUGAUGACUGGAGUGCUGGAUUUGUACAGCACAGAAGUGGGCCCUUUGGCCCACCUCAUCCAUGCUGACAUUUUUGCCCUACUACAGUAAUCUUAUUUGCCUAUAUUCAGUCUGUAUCCUUCUAUGCCUUGCCUACUUAAGUGCCAAAUUGAAUGUCUCUUAAACAUAGUGAUUGUAUCUCUUAAAUGUUAUGAAUGUAUCUCACUCCACACACUCUGGCAGCACGUUCCAUAUAAUUAACCACCCUUUGUGUAAAGAAAAACUUUCCCCUCAAAUUCCCUUUAAAUCUUCCUGUCAGCUUAAACCUAUGCCCUCUUGUUUUUGAUACCCCUAGUAUGGGAAAAAGAGUUUGACUAUUUACCCCAUCUCUGUCUCUCAUAAUCUUAUAUACUUUUAUCAGUGCACUCCUCAGCCUCUUUUGCUGCAGGGAAAACAAGCCCAGCAUAUCAAACCACUCCCCGUAACUAAAGUCCUCCAAUCCAGACAACAUCCUGAUGAAUCAGCUCCUUUGCACUCUCCAGUGCAACCGUAUCCUUCCUAUAGUGUGGCAAUCAGAAAUGCACACAAUACUCCAAGUUCAGUCCAACCAAUGUUUUGUAAAGUUGCAACAUAACCUCCCAACUUUUAUAUUCUACACUCUAACCUAUGAAGGCAAGCAUGCCAUAUGCCUUCUUCACCACCAAAUGUACAUAAAUUCUAUCCCCUAGGACUUUUUCCAAUAAUUAUUUACCACUGAUGUAAGGCUCAAUGCCGGUAGCUACUUGGCUUAUCCCUGCUGCCAUUCUUAAAGAAAUAAGAACAACAUGAGCUAUCCACCAGUCUUUUGGCACCUCACCAAUAACUAAAAUCUCCAUCAGGGCCCAGCUAUUUCCUCUCUUGCUUUCCAUAGCAACCUGGAAUAGAUCUCAUCCAUCCCUGGGGAUUUAUCAAUCCUUUUUCAUCCCAUAACAUCUAACAUCUCUUUCUGCUCCAGGUUAUCCAUGUACCUCUCCCUGAACUUACUGUCUUCCACUUAUUGUCUUCCAUGUCCUUCUCCUUGGUGAGUAGAGAUAAGCAGUAUUCAUUUAGGACUUCGCCAACAUAACCUGGCUCCACACAUAGAUUAUCCCUUUUGUCCCCAAGGGAACUCGCUCUUUCCCUUUUGCUACCCUUUUUGUCUUGAUAUAGAAUGUCAUGGGGUUCACCUUAAUAUUACUUGCGAAGGAUACUUCAUGGACCCUUUUUGCCCUCCUAAUUUCUUUCUUAAGUUUCCUUCUACGGACUCCACAUUCCUCAAGAGACUCCCUCGAUCCCAGUUCUUUAUACCUGUCAUAAGCUUCCUUUUUUUUCCUGAUCAAACCUUUGAUAUCCUUUGUCAUCCAAGAUUCCUUAAUCUUGCCAUUUUUGCAUUCCAUUUUUACUGGAACAUGCUGGACCUGAACUCUUACUAACUUUUUUGUUUAAAGGACUCCUGCUUGUCCGCUGUCAUUUUACUUGCAAGCUUAUUUUUCCCCCACAUUUCCUUUUGCCAGGUCUCAGGCAAUUGAAGGUGGCCUUCCCCCAGUUUAAGACCUUGAGCACCAACCUUAACUCUUUCCAUAACUACCUUGACAUUUACAGAAUUACGGUCAUGGUUCCCAAAGUGUUCCCCUGCUGACUCUUCUGCCACCUGCCCACCUAUGUUUCCCAAGAAAAGGUGGAGUACUGCCCAUUCCCAGCAUUUUUGGUUGCAUUAAUCAUAGUCAAGGAUAUCAGCUUUAGCUACAAAUCAUGUUGAAAUACAAGCUUCUCUAACUUUUCAAGUUGGUUGUGAAAAUGCUAUGAGAUUUAUGAGAGCUUUCGGAAAUCUAACCUGAUGGCUGGAUGUGGUCGUAUUGAGUUUCUGUGGUGGUAUUUUAGGGUUGUCAAGAUUGAAAGAGGGGAUGCCCAGUAAUUUUGAGAAACCUCUACCGCUGUGUUUUUACUCACUUUGUUUAUCACAAAUUGUUCAUUUAGAAAAUCAUAAAAAAACAGCAGGUGCUGGAAAUCUGAAAAAGAAACGGAAAAUGCUAAAAACGCUCUACAGGUCAUGCAGCAUCUGUGGAAAGAGAAACAGUUAAUGUUUCAGAUUGAAGAUCCUUCAUCAGAAGUGGAAAACUGAACAAACAAGUUAGCUUCAAGCUGCAGAGCAUGUAGGGAAGGGAUGGGUAGGACAAAGGGAAUGUCUGUGAUGUGUUGAGCCAUGGUGAUGGCGAUCUUCACGGAGCUACAUGGUUAAUCUGACAAUAAAUGUUCACGAUGAGACCCUGGAAAACAUGAACCACUUCCUAUAUCUCGGGAGCCACCUCUUGACAAAAGCAGGCAUCAGUGAUGAAAUUCAUCAUCACCAUCAUGUGCCAGCACAACCUUUGGUCAGUUGAGGAUAACUGUAUCUGAAGAUCAAAACUUAUGGUCUACCAGGCAGCAGUGAUCCUUGCCCUUCUACAUGCUUCUGAGACCUGGACUGCUGACGUGGACAUAUCAAGGCACUAGGAAAAUACCACCUACACUGUUCCUGCAAAAUCCCCCAAUUUCACUGAAAGGACAAGUGAACUAUUAUCAGUAUUGAGGCCCUGGAUAGUCUCAAUCAGUUACACUGGGCUGGCCACAUCAUUCACACACCCGACACCAUACUCCUGUGUUGGGCAUGCAAAUGAUGUGGCCAGCCCAAGGCAGCAAACUGAGAGGUGUUCUAUUCUGUGAUCUAGGUGGACAGAGAAAAAGAUUCAAAGAUGAGCUUAAAUCUUCCUUGAAGCAUUGCAACACUCCCCACUGUCACCUGGGAGCCCCUGGCAUACGACCGCACAAAGUGGGCAAGAAACAUUCGAGAUGUUAUUGAGAACCAUGAGCCCAUGCAUCAGGAACACACAGAAGCCCUGCAUGUGCAGUGGAAGGAAUGCACCACCUCACAAAUUACCCAUGCAUUCACCUCAUCUGCCACCUCAGAACUCACAAAAUUGGAGUGGGAACAAGCCGCACUCUCUUGAGGGACUGCCUAAGAGGAAGAAGAUUAACAAUGGAAAUAGAAAUAAAGAAAACAAAGAAGGGGACUUGUUAACAUUGUGAAAUGCAGGGCAGAAUUGUUGUUGAACCAAAAGGAGAAUGCAGGAAAUGCUCAGUAGAUAAGGCAGUGUCUGUGGAGAGAGAAAUACUGAGUUUCUCCAGCCACAGAUGCUGCCUGAAGUGCUCAUUGUUCAUUUAGAUCUAUUUUCAGACUCAUUCAAUUGUACAUAGUUGAGACUGGGCCUUCCCAUCCCAAUGCUAGGUUCAUUCUCAUUGCUCUGCUGUCCAAUUUCCAGGGCACUAUUGGUUGAGGCCUCAGAGCUCUAGUGACCAUAAGACAAAGGAGCAGAAUUAGGCCAUUCGGCCCACUGAGUCUGCUCCACGGACUCUGUGACUGGAUUGACCUGGGUUCAAUCCUGACCUCCAGUGCUGUUUGUAUGGAGUUUGCAUGUUCUCGCUGUGACCCCAUGGGUUUCCUCCAGGUGCUCUGGUUUCCUCCCACAUCCCAAUGAUGUGCUGGAUGUGACAUUAAUUUGCUACUGAAAAAUUACGCCUAGUGUUGGAGAACCGGGAGUGUUAAUGAGUAUGGGAAAGAGAAACAGUUAUAGGGAAAUGUGGAGGAAUGUGAUUGAUGGGACUGAUCUAAGAAUUGGCAGAGACUUGAUCAGCUGAAUAGACCCUUCUGUAUUGAAAAGAAAUAUAAUUUUUAAAAAAAAUUAUGCAUUCAAAUGUAGUUUUGCAGUUUAGAUACUUGUUUGAGUUUGAUCUAGAGCUACUAUCUCACAGCACCAGAGACCCGGGUUCAAUGUGGUUUAAUAAAUGUAACAAUCCAUGUGACAUCUGAUGAACAAUGAACCCAUUCAAAGACAAUUUUCUUAACUAUUGAACUCCAUAGUUACUAAUUAACUUAAUAAAAUUUGUUGUAAAUUUAUGCAUUACUGUGCUUAGUGUUAUGUUACGAGAGGUUAUGUUUUUUAACUUUGGGUGGAAUAGGGUUGAGGUGAGGUGAUUAUUAGAAUGGUGAAGUAUCAUUUAACUCCAGAUCGUGUGCAGUCACCACUGAUGGUGCCACAAGUCUGACAUAAGCUUUGAUAAUAAAAGCUGCUGGUUAUUGGUGAAUUGUGAAAGGGCAAUAUAAGCAACCCAGCCUGUCUAGCCCUUGUUAUUUCGAAUGUGAUAUUCACAACCCAGAGACUACAUCCAGCUGUUGUCUCAGCCACUGGGGAUCGAACCUAGGACAUUCAACUGUGCUGCCCAGUAAAAUGGCCAAUGUUGCAUUUAAUCACUAAAUCCUCUAUUAAUUGAUUGUGCUAAUGUUAUUGAUUCUAUGAUCUUGGUUUUCCAGUCAUAUUGGUAAUAGUAAGCCACUGCCUUUAAAUGGCUUUCCAACAAUAUUAUAAUCACACCAACAAUGCCAAUAUUCCCAUGGAUUUGGUUAAUGGAGCUUUGUGAUUAGAAACAGUUUGAUUGGUGUGCUCUAAUGUUCUUCACUCAAUGUCCAAAUCUUUUAUGCUAAAUAAAUCAAUUGAACAUCAGUAUCCUUAA